UGAGCCCGUUUGGGAGAGUGUUGCGCGCCGAUUAUAUCCAGCUCAGCUCCGACUUAACACUGAGACGGCUCCGUGGUCUCUGUGUCUAUAUCAUAGAAGAGAAAGAGUCCGUGUAUCAGUAUGCAGCGCAAUACGGUAGACGGCAGAACUACAACGGCACAACGGCGGACAACGGAGACGACGACGACGACGACGACGCCGACGUGGAGUUGAGAGACCAGCAGCCCAGCCCGGCCAGUCACAGUCUCCGGUGCUAGAAAGUCGCAAGUGUCGAACGUCACGGGACGUGUAAUACGGACGCGCGCUUCGUUUUUUCUGUUUUUCGGGGGAGUUCUCUUCCGGUUCCGGCUGCAACGACAAUCCAAUUGGAAUCCUGAACAAACACGGAUCCUGCCGGAGGUCACUAGUGUGUGUGAGUGUGUGCGGCGUUGGCGUUCAGGAUCCUGGUGCAGUUCUAGGAGCGAUUGUGUGUGUGCGCGUACGGACGCCGGACUUCCGAGGUGGUGACACAAUAUUUGCGUGGUUCUUAUCAGCUGCGGUGAGGUGUGACCUGAUAAGCCGUUUGAAGUGACCGCCUUCAACAAGAGUUUGUGUGUGUGUUUGUUGAAGGGCAUGCGCGUGGUUAAUGUAAACAAUUAGUCACACGUUUGCGUGUAAACAAAUAGCGAGAGACCCUAGGGUAGUGUGGUGUUGUAGCGCCGCCAAGGUGGUGACCCAAGAAGACGUGACGGUGAGCGAUGAGAUCAUAAGCGUUGAUUAAUUUCGAUCAAUUUGAAAGCCAGACAAGCGGGCAGAACUUGAUAAAUACUUGAGUGUGGUGUGGUGAUAGAUGUUAUUGGAAACCGACGGCGGCCAAGCAGCGACGAUGGAGCAAUCGAAUGAGUCAGCGUCCUCUGGGUUGGCAACUGCGUCGUCCAGCGGACGUGGUGGUUCUCAACCGGGUGAUUUUACAGCUGCCGCGGCGGUCGUACUUUCGCUGCAGAGUUCCAUGCUAACCAGUUUGCAACAGGCGGCCCUUAUGCCAGCGAACUCUGCAGCUGCCGUUGCAUUUAACCUUCAGGCGCUUGAUUCGCUGAUCACGCUGCGUAGAAUCACCGGCAAGCAGGAUGUGCUCCGGCUGCCCUCGAUGCCACUGACGGGGCCUUCUUCAACCUCUGCCGUAUCGAACCAACCCUCUUCCGAAGAUAUCCUGAUGGAUACCCAGCCGGCGGCAAUGCACCAGCUGCUCCAGCAGAACAACGACGACGAACUGCCGGUGCUCGACCAGGACGAUGAUCUCAACUUCGACGACCACGAUAUGCAGGACGCAACCUCCGACGGCAAUUCGCUCGACAGUGGGUACCCCAGCCUAGUCCUGAACGCGGCCUUCCACCAGCAGAUGAGCGCCGACAAGAUGCGAACCCUAGCGGCGUCUUCGUCAACCUCGACGGCCACCAGCCUAGCUAAAAAGUGUCCUCCAACGGCCACGGCCACCAGCGCCACCCAACAAUCAUCCGCCAUAGCCGUGGCAGCGGCCACCGCCGCCGGUCAACGGCCCAAAAAGCAGUUCAUAUGCCAAUUUUGCAAGCGACAAUUCACGAAAUCGUACAACCUGCUGAUCCACGAGCGGACCCACACCGACGAGCGGCCCUACUCGUGCGACAUCUGCGGCAAGGCGUUCCGCCGGCAGGACCAUCUGCGGGAUCAUAGAUACAUCCACUCCAAGGAGAAGCCCUUCAAGUGCCUGGAAUGCGGAAAGGGAUUCUGCCAGUCGCGGACGCUGGCCGUGCACAAGAUCCUGCACAUGGAGGAAUCGCCGCACAAGUGUCCCGUGUGCAGCCGCAGCUUCAACCAGCGCUCCAACCUGAAAACGCACCUGCUCACCCACACCGACAUCAAGCCGUAUCACUGUGGGGCAUGUGGUAAGGUGUUCCGGCGGAACUGUGACCUGCGGAGGCACAGCCUGACGCACAACCUGGGCGCGACGACCGGCGCCGACGGGCAGCUGCUCGAUCUGGCCGCGGUCGGUUCCUCCUCCGUGGACGGUGGGGACGGAGGGGCCGACGGUGCGGCCAACACGAUCGAUCUGAUGGCCCUGGCCGGGGUGGACUAGGGAGAGCUGUAAGCAAAACCACGACAGUACUUUAUAUUUUAUUUGUUUAGCUUUUUAAUGAAACUGUUAGCCGUGACAAUUAGUGAGAAGUAGGUAUUUUGGUAUAGAAAGUUACUCUGGAGCGAGGACGGCGAGCGAGGUUCGUCGCUUGCUCAUAGGAAUGCUCCCGUUGAAGUCUUUUGUUUUAGAAAGAGAGAAAUUGCGAUGCAAUGGUUUCUUGUGAGUCAACUUGCAGUAAGGCAGUUUUUGUACUGAUUUUAACAAAUUUAACAAAUUUUACAGUACCGUCACCAGGAGUGACAACGGGUUUGGGGAGUGAAAUUGGGUCAUACAAGUUUCAGCAUUUUUGGAUGACCCAAUCUCACCCCAGACGCAAUGUCACCCCGGUUGACGGUAGUUAAAAAAAUGUAUUUUAAAUAGAAAUUAAUCAAAUGGUUUUUGCUGGGAUUAUUUGAGUAUCUAGUAAUUUUAAUUCGGCAAUGUUCCUAAUAUUAUGUUAUUUUGUUUCAACUCAUAAUUGACAUUUGGGAAGAGGAAGGCAAUUGAAAAUUGAAAUGUUAAUAUAACUUUUGUUUUAUACUUAAUAUUUUUUUUUUAAAUAUUUAAAUGGCGGUUUCCAGAAUUAAAUAGACAACUUGAUAUACUGAUUUUAUAUGUUAAAAUUUGAAACUUCUGAACAAUUUGCUGAACUUUUCUCAAAAAUUUAAUUCUAGAAGUUUCAAUUCCGCGACUAACAAUGAAAUGGAUGAAAAUAUAUAAAUUAAGAAAAACAAAAAGAUGGCGAUUUUUCAACAAUUUAUUUUAAUUGUUUAAACUGAAAGAGUUUUUGAGUGGAGAUUUUGUGAAAAAUGUGGUUUUUACAAAAAAUGACGAAAACAGCCAUUUGUGGGACCACCCUCGCACGGUGUAGGUCUUCCUAAAGGCCAAACAAAAAAAUACGGUUCUUAUUAUUUUGACCAAGGGCCCUUUAGAAAAAAUUUGAGCCCGAUUUUUUUUUUGCUUGGUUUAUGGUCUUUUUAAAUAGUAUUGCUGUAUUACCGUCAACUGGGGCGAAUAGGGACACAUGGGAUGAAUUGGGACAGAAGUUUUAACCAUGUAGGAGCACAAUAUUUUGAUUUUUCUGGUUGGUUUCGGUUAGAACAGACUCAGACCAACAAGAUGAGUAUAUCCAUUUCCAAAUUUAAAACCAUUAAAUGCUUUAAACACAGCUGUCCCUAUUUAGACUGUAGUCCGGAUUCGCCCCAGAUGACGGUAUUAUAAUUGUCCUCCUGAUGUUAUAAUAGGAAGCCAUCGUCAUCAACAUUUUUCGCAUAAGACUUCAUUUGCUGAAUUCCAUGCUAAUAUUCUCUUGAACAUGACAAAAACAAACAAAAGAAAAAAGUUUUAUUGACAAAAUGAGUACUUCACCUUACGGAGUACAAAUGUGAUGAAUCAGUAUAAAUCGUGUUAGGCUAAGAGCAUGUAAACAAACUGACAGUGGUUAAGAAUUACAAAUCGCAAAUAGCUAGUAUUAUUCUGAUAUUGAACAAUGGCUCAAUGAGCCGCUAUAUUUUGUUUUUCUUUUUCGUAGUGUUAUUUCAUGUACGGUUUGCUACUGAAUCCCAAUUUUAUUUUUACGCAUUAGCUAGUUAGAAUCUUUGUACAUUGAAUAGAGCAGCGUAUUCGUAGAUUUCUGAACUAGGAAAAACACAAAAUGAUUACAUGUUAAGAGUUGUGAAUAAAACCUUUGGCAUCACGAUGCACUCAUAAAUUAUUUCAGAGACUUAAAAGCAAGAACGAUAAUUGUAAAGUUAGUAAUAUCCUUAAGCACGUAAGCAACAAACAGAAAAAAUAAGAUGUAAGUGUGUAAAGUUUUUGCUCUAAUUAAUGCUAAGUGAGUACACAUAAUAAAACAGUUAAGGUGUCGCGCGCCCAGGUAACGACGACACGACCUUUCGGAUGGAUUUUUAAACCGCAAUAAAACUCUCGCAAGGAAACCUUAAAUAAAUGUUAUAAAUUAAAUAA